AUCCGGGGCUCGGACAUGAGCUCCCAGCAGACACCUCAGGCGCCGAGGUUCCCCAUCGAGGCAGGCGACUGUCCCACCUUGGCUGUGCCCUCCGAAACGCAGGAGCCGGUAGACACCGAGCAGUCUGUGGGAAGACAGCUGCGGCGAUGCCCCGGCAGCCACUGCCUGACGCUGCCCAACAUCCCCAUUGACGUGUUCAUCGCCAUGGGAGGGAGCAACAGGCCUCGCACCAACUAA